AGAAUGGAAUCAAUGCUGAUGAAUUUUCAAUUGGACUUAGGCAGUAUAAGUACAGAAAUUUUGUAUUUACAAAAGAAAUCUGUUAUAAUGAGUCAGCAGUUAUCGAACCGUCAACUAAUACGAGGGCCGCUUAGCCAAUUUAUUGAGGAUAUGACAGUCUCUGAAACUCUUAUUAUGGGCAUUAUGGACGCACCUGUAACCGAGAAAGAGUUCCUAUUGCAGUUACAAACUUUAAAUCAUAAGAUUAAUUUUGUGAAGGAACAAAGUUAUAAGGAAGCGAAGUCUUGUCAGGAUGUUAAAGAAAUACUAGAGAAAUUAAAAAUUAAAGCCAUGUCCAAAAUUAGAACAUAUAUAUUAGAGCAGAUUUACAAAUUCAGGAAACCUAUGACCAAUUAUCAAGUGCCACAAAAUAAUAUGCUAAAGUAUAAAUUUUUCUUCGAAUUUGUCUUGGCUAACGAAAGAAAUGUUGCGGAGGAAAUUUGUGGUGAAUAUAUUGGAACGAUGAGCAAGAUUUAUUACUCGUACUUUAAGUCGUAUUCCACAAGAUUGAUGAAAUUACAGUUUGAAGAAGGAGCUACAAAAGAUGAUUUAAUGGGCGUUGAAGAUACAGCUGGCAGAGGAAUUUUUCAUAAAAAUAGUUUAAAGAACAGAGGUACUGUUUUUUCAAUAGGAAAUAGAGCCGACGUCUUGAAUAUUCAGUUGGAGGCUCCGAUAGUCGUCCCCCAUACAGCUUCUAAAGUACGGGUGCACGUAUCGAUUGCCCUUGCAGCAUGUUGUGGACGAAGUUGCCAGUCAGCAGAGUAAUGUUACUCAAUGGAUUGACCCCGCUUGGAUGUGCAUUUAGAUGACGACAUAUCCAAUGAUGCGUUGCGAUUGUGAAUCGUUCAUACACCUACCGUAAAUCGAAGAUUUCAAGUGAUCGAGUAUUUUAGGGAUUCUUUUCAGGUAAAGGGUUGGAACCCAACUGUUGAAUCAAAAAAUGGUAUGGUUUUAUUUGUUAACAGUUAACACUUUGAAAGCAAGGCCAUGAGUUUGGGGAUAGUACUCCAAUUAUAUCACAUUAUGAUGUUCCUUUUGGUCCUCUCUAACUUUAUUUGUCGUGCCAUAAGGUCGUCAGCUGUUUUAUAGACUUGCUACGGAAUCAGUAGAGAUGGAUUACUAAAGGAUUUGUUUCUCUAUUACAUCAGUAGUUCAUAAAAUGUCCUUUCACGUGCAGAAAACGUUUUUGGGCGCAUCCAUGGCGCUUGCAAUAAAUACGUAGUUUUUCAAUUCGAUAAAACAAUCACGUUCGUCACUUUGAAUAUGAGCGUUGACAUGUUUGGACGUCAGUUGAGUAGCAGGGCUGCGGUUACGAGUAGCCAUGGUCUCCCUAGUACUGGAUUCAAAUUCACUGCUGCUGGACACUACGACAUUGAUAACAAGAGGCUCUAUAACAUUGCCGAACGUGAAGAAUAAAACGAUGCUGAGACCUUGAAUGUGAUGAAAACUGUAGUGAAGCAGGAUGUUAAUACCGUGUUUCAAGUGACUGCUGGAAUGCGCAAUGAUAUCGAUAGCAACAACUUGAUGAUUCAAUUUCUCGAUUCUACCACGAAGGAAGCAUUAAAACGUGUACAAGGUGAUAUCGAUUCAGGACAAUAAUUGGCUAUUCGCAACUCUGUGAUCAUUUCCCAGCUGGACGCCAGACUGAGUGCGCUGGAGAAUGGAUGGAAAAAAGUUAGCGGUGGUGAAGGAACUGCAUAAACGUGCCAGGAGAAAUUAGCAGCGCCGACAGGUUGACAUCCGUGGGCCAAACGAGACUUGGCAAGCGGAUCUCGUUAACAUGUCAGCGUACGCCAGAGAGAACCACGAAUACAAGUAUUUGCUCACCGUCAUCGAUAUAUUUUCAAAGUUUGCUUAGGCCGUGCCGACGAAGAGCACGAACGCUAAAGACGCGAUAGCAGCUAUUAGAUCUAUAUUGGCGCAGGGUCGAAUGCCAAAGAAAUUGCAUGUUGACCAAGGUCGAGAGUUUUAUAAUUGCGAAUUCAAGGAUCUUACGCAAAAACACGGUAUUACCCUGUAUUCGACAUUCAGUAACUUGAAGGCAUCGAUCUGCGAGCGUUUUAAUCAUACUCUGAAAAGUAAGAUGUGGAUACAGUUUAACUUACAAGGCAAUCACCGGUGGCUGGAUAUCUUAUCGGACUUGGUAUCCUCUUACAAUAACAGUAAGCAUCGCACCAUUGGUAUGAAGCCCACAAAUGUGACUGCUCGAAAUGAGAGGAAUUACUACAAUGGGUGUACAAGAAAUCUAAAGUUAAGUUCACACUUAAACGAUCAGAGUUUAAAGUUGGCGACAAAGUACGAAUUAGCAAGUUUAAAUACAUUUUCGAGAAAGGCUACACACUGAAUUGGACAACUGAAAUUUUCACCGUAAGUCGAGUGAAGAAUACCGAUCCGGUGACGUACAAACUUGAGGACUACCAGGAUCAUCCGAUCGAAAGUGGUUUCUAUGAACGUGAACUUACCAGCGUCAAGUACCCCGACACAUAUCUUGUGGGGAAGAAACUGAGGAAACAUGGAAACAAGUUAUUUGUGAAGUGGUUAGGUUUCGAUGAUUCAGACAAUAGGUGGAUCGAUAAGUCAGAUUUUUAAGGUGUUUGAAAUAAAUCAGAACUAAAAUAUUUAUUACGUCUUCUUAUUAAUAUUUUUUAUAUAUUAUUUACAUUUGUACAUUCAUAUACAUCUUACAUUUUAUAACUCCAAGGAAGGGUGUCGGUUGUACCAGGAAGAAUGA